UCUCACCUAAGCAGAAAUAUAAUAUCCCACAUAAUCAAUUUGAUGUUUUAAGCACAAAGUCGUGUUUUAUAGUCAAAAAUUCAGUAUCAUUUGUAAAUUUGUUAAGCUAAUUGCAAAAUUAUGUUUACAUUAUUAACAUAGAAGAAAGAAAACAGUAUGUAACUUAACUUACAUUAUCAUUUUGAACUUUUUAAUAUUCGCAGUUUUAGUGUUUAACUUUCCAGCAAAACACAGUUUAUCAUGAUAUCUUAUCAAACCCACCAAGUGAUUUAUAAAUGUCGACAGAGUAAGCAAUUAACAUUUCCACUCUAACCACUAAUUUUUAGAUCAUCAAAAUGCGUCGUCUCAUCAUCAUCAGCAGCAUCGUGGUCAUGCUAGUUGCAUCAUCACUGUCCGAGCAAACAGAUGUCCUGGCUCCUUUUUGCAUCAGUGAAUGCUCCACAUGUCCCACCAUUUGCUCUCCUCCUCCCUCUAAACCGUCUCCUUCCACAUCACCACCUCCGCCUCCGUCACUGCCUUCAUCCUGUCCACCACCGCCACCACCGCUUUCACCUCCACCGUUUAUCACAGUCAUCCAUCCGCCGCCACCAAGAUUUUACUAUUUUCAGUCCACACCACCACCUCCACCCCUUUCUUCAGAUGUAAAAGGCUCGCCACCAUCCCCGCCAUCACAGCCUUCGUCGCCGAAGGGACAGUCACAAGGACAACGUUCUCCUUACCCAUAUCCUUAUUUCUAUUUCUACACGGCAUCGCAUGCCACUCCUCUCUUUUCUUCUUCUUUCUUGCUCUCACUUUUUGUAUUUUCUCUAUCUAUUUUCCUCAACGGUUCGUUAGUGUGAAAGACGCCUCUGUAUUGUUACUCCUCUCAUUGUUUAUUCAUUUUUUGGUGUAAUAUAUAAGAUUUGCUUAUUUUCAUCAAAUGCGAUAUUAAAUAUCAAAUAGCAGACGCCAACAUCAAAGUAUGCAUCAUUGGCUAUAUCGACU